AUGGUUGAAUCAAGUUCAGUACUCACACCAGCGUUUUCAACAAAUUUAGUUGAACAAAACCAAGAGUUAACAUUUAAUACACAACAGUCUGUCGAGACCAAUGUACUCCCUGGUAUUAAUGACGACAUGACUCCUCUCAUAUCUGCCAAUACAGGCAAUUCGAUAACAACUGUUACAAAUCUAACUGAUUUAAAUAAUGUCAAUGAACCACCGUUGAAAAAGACAAAAUCUAAUAAUAGUCCAGAAAAUAAACAACGUUUAUUAGAAGAUAGGUUAGGUGGUAUUUUAUCGUGUUGCAUUUGCCUUGAUUUGUCAAACCUACCUAUGUAUCAAUGCAUAAAUGGCCAUUUAAUGUGUGGUCAUUGUUUCAGUCAUUUACUAGCUGAUGGAAAACUCAAAGACGAGUUAACAACUUGUCCAAAUUGUCGUUGUGAAAUAAAUAAGUCCAAUUGUAGUAGAAAUUUAGCAGUAGAAAAAGCAAUAAGUGAAUUACCGAUUGUAUGUGAAUAUUGUCUCAACACAUUUCUGAGAUAUGAAAUAAAAGUGCAUCAAAAUCAGUUUUGUACAGAUAGACCUACCGUAUGUGAUUAUAAUUUGAUUGGAUGUUCAUGGCAAGGUGCCUAUCAUAAUUUAGAAUCUCAUUUGGGUGUUUGUCAUUAUCCAUCGAAAACAGGCAUGCAACUAUUGGAUACACUAAAAGAAAAAAAACAAAUAAUUGAUGAUGAAAAAAAAUGUUUAGAAACUGUUGUUGAUCUAUUAUCAUUAAAUCAAAUAGGUGUGUCAGAUUUGAUAUUAAAACCAUUUCGUACAGAUGAUUUUGUUGCUAAAUUAUAUUUUGAAACAUCACGUUUUACAUGUUUAUCAUUUCAAUGGUGUGUACGUGCAAGAAUAAAUGAUAAUACUCCUCAUCCACAAUUGACAAUGAAUCGUACAUUAAGUUAUCAGUUAGUAUUAAAAUCAAAAAUAACACAAACAAUUGAUUUAAAAUUUUUUAUUCUACGUGGACCACAUGGUGAUUUACAAGCAAUUAAACCUGUUAUCUAUUCAUUUGAAUUUAGUCCGAAUCAUACAGAAACAGAGUAUUUAAAAUUAUCUAUAUCACCAGCGGAAUGUAAUAAAUUAUUAUCAUCAACAUCAAUUAGCUUUCGUUUAUUAAUGGUUCAAGUAGAACGAAAUAAAGAAUGA